CUCUCGAUGCAUCCUGCCUGCAUCUCGUAUCAUGCUGGGGCUUGCCGAAAGGUAUUCUUAGCAUGCGUGUCUUAUUUGCAGGAAUUUGUUAUUUUGUUUGCAACUCCUACGUCUGGCUUUUAUACAUACAAAGGUUAUAUCCUUCAUUCAUAUCGCCUGACGCGGACAUUUAACGAAAUUUCUUGUCGCGGAUUUCUUCAAAACCGGUGUGCAUUUUUUAUUUUAUAAGGGGAAAUUAUGAAUGACCAAACCGAAAAACCCUUCGAUACCCGAGCUGUCAGAAAAAGCACUAGAGGUUCGAAGCAGAAAGUGGUCGACAGUGUAACGAAAAAAUUUCUUCGCAACUUUGAUCCUGAAACAAGUGAGCGAGAAAAGCGUAAGUUAAAUCGACGUCUAUCUCAGCCCCAAAAAAAAAACGUGCUAUAUGAUGAAAAGGGAAUUCUCCACUCAACCGGUGACAAUCUUUGCGACUGUUUACAAAAAACUUGCUCAGGUUGUCAUUUUCGAUGUAACAAGUGCUGUUCUACUAAAUGUGGCCAUGAAUGCAGAAAUAACAGAAAGUGGACCUACGACUCAAUCGAAAAUGAAGGCAGCGAUAAUGUCAUAAAAAAUCCUGUCAUAAAAGAAUCCUAGCAACCCAGAGUUGCGACAAAAGUCUACUAGAGGGAAGUUCCGCAGAAUCUGCAAAGCCGAGGUAAACCCUGUGCUUUUGUGGGCAAAAUUGUGACUUCUUUAAUUAUAAAAUUUCCUUCGGUGUGAGGAUUUGUGACAAAGGACUCGUUGAAAUAGGUUUUACAUGAAAUGGUAUUCAUUGAACUUCCACGUAUCUUUUUCGCUGAAUGAUAAUUGACACUUCAAAUAAUAUGAACUUUAAAU